AUGCGGUUCCUUCAGCAGAGCCUGGGUUCUCUCCUAUUUACCCUGCCUGUCCUGGGCGCCCCAGCAUCGUCCAGCAACGGUUCUUCCAAUGCAGGCCUAUUCAUCCACACCUCCAGCGGUCCCAUCCAGGGCUUCUUCAACCAGUCUGCCCCCGACGUCCGCCAAUUCCUCGGAGUCCCCUUCGCCGAACCCCCAAUCGGCGAUCUACGCUUCGCGCCGCCGCAGAGCAAGAAUCCCAAUGGCACGACCAUCAAUGCCUUCGCCCUCCCCGACUCGUGCAUGCAGCAGUUCAACUCGAACAGCUCGACUAUCUACACAGAAUACGAGAACGGAUUCCUGAUUAGCGGUGGGGAUUCAGAGGAUUGUCUGUAUCUGUCGAUUUGGGCGCCCCGGUUGGAAAGUAUUAGCUCCCAGCAGCGACCGCUUCCUGUCCUUCUUUAUAUCCCGGGUGGCGGAUUCACGAGUGGUGGGCAGGCGUCGCUGUAUAAGAUUCCUGAUCAGUGGGUUCAGCGUACGCAGGAUCAUAUCGUGGUCAUUAUGAACUAUCGAGUCAAUGUCUUUGGAUUCCCCAACUCAAAGGCCUUGGAGGACCAGAAUGUCGGCCUGCUAGACCAGAGAUUAGCAGUCGAAUGGGUUCACCAAAACAUCGCCAACUUCGGCGGCGACCCUGGAAGAAUCGCCCUCUGGGGUCAGUCUGCCGGAGCAGCAAGCGUGGCAGUCUAUCCCUACGGCUACCCAGAGGACCCCAUUGUCAAUGCCCUAAUUGCAGAUUCCGGUUCGCCCACUAUCAUCCGGAACCGCGACGUCGCGCAGUCCAAUUUCACCUUCCUGGCGGGUCUAGUUGGUUGCGGGGAUGGCGAUGACGAUGAGAUACUCAGCUGUGUCCGAGAGGUGCCUGCGCAGACGCUGGAGAAUGCGCUGUCGUACUACUCGGGCAAUAACUCCAGUCCCUCUCUGGCAUUUACUCCAAUCGCCGAUAACAAAACAGUGUUUUCCAACUGGGCGCAGCGGGGAUUAGAGGGCAAAAUCGCACAGACACCCCUAAUAAUCGGAAGCAACAGCAACGAAGGCGCCGGUUUCGUGCCCUUCACACCGACCGGACCAGGCGAUGAAGCGCUAUUCAACUCAACCAUGUCCACAAUCGCAUGCCCAGUUGCAGAGGAGGCAAAGAACCGUGACCUCGCCGGCCUGACCACAUACCGCUACGAAUACGCCGGCAACUUCUCCAACAUCUCGCCUCUCCCUUGGUUUGGCGCGUACCACAGUUCUGAAUUACCGCUCCUCUUCGGCACGCAUUCCCAGUAUGGGGGUCCUUCUACUCGGUUUGAGUGGGAUGUUAGCUAUGCCAUGCAGGCGCUGUGGUUGUCCUUUGUGGAGGACCCGGCAAGGGGUCCUGUACGGUUGGCGUUGGAUGGGGUUAAGGCGAAUCCUGAUAAGAGUGUGGUGUUUGAGUGGCCGGCUUUUGAGGCUGGGUCGGAGGAUCUUUUGCUUUUUGCUGACGAUGGGAAGAUCAUCCAGGUGGUUGAUUCUGGGCGUAUAGAUGACUAUUGUUAG